UAGCUUAAUAUAUAUAAUCAGCAGUUCAGGCAAUUAAGUAAGGUUCAUUCGUUAACUUUCUGAGAGUUAGAUAAGAAGAUACCUGCUCUCCUGACUUGAAAAGGUUUCACGCUACUCGGCGGUACAAACGCUCACACCCGCUCCUGCUCUCCGCAAGUGUCGGCUGUAGACCGAUGGAGGGCUGCGGGACAGGACCGCAGCUUUGGGACAAAACAAAACCUCCACUCAGGAUGGACUAAAGCAACGACUGCAGGAACAAGAGGAUAAAUGAAAAAACAGCUAUCAGUUGAAAACAACAUGAGGAAACCACCGCUGACCAACGAGGACUUGGUUUCUCAUGAAGUAUAAUUAUUUAUUAUUAUUUCAUAAGGUUUUUCUUUUGCUCCAUUAACCGCCCUGCUUCACCCGGGCUGAUGUGGCUGAAUAUUCAACCGUUCCAAGACGUUUCCUGAGACAAUUUCUCUGUGUAACUGGUGGGCAAACAGGAAGAGGACAUUAUGGAGAGAGUCAGAGCACAUGCGAACAGAUGAGUCACAUAUGAGUGAUAGAUGAUGUAACAAUGUAAUGAUGUCUUCUAGCAGACCAUGGAGCUAAUUGGACCGACAGAAAGGGGGAAAGUGUUUGUCACAAGCUUUUGACUCUCAUACUUUCACUUUGCCAAUGAAAAAAUAUGUAACAAUCUCAGGCAGCAGAGGGGCAAUGAUCUAAUUCAGAUUAAAUGACAUCAUCCUGAUAAGUAACCAGCCUCCUCACUGGGAGAUGGAACAUAAUGGACUCUUAUCCUUGUGGCUGGAGUGUGUGAGGUUACAUAUUUCUGUGUAUGUGUGUGUGGAAAAGUGAGUUUUGAUGCUACAUGCAGUGAUGUUGCGGCGUGGACUGCUAGCCUGGGUCUCCCGUAUUGGAGGCGUGCUGGUGCUCCUCUGCUGCUCCCUGUCGCUCCUCUAUGUGAUGACCUGCAGUCCGCCGCACUCUGACGACCCUCCACUGAGUCAUGCUCUACCCCGUGCUGGACCCAACCACCCAAGCUUGGGGGGCACAGGGCCGGGGAUUGGAGCAGGAGCAGGAGGGACAGGAGGAGCCCGGGCUGGGGCUGCUCAAAGUGGCGGACCCGCCGGUGUUCAAUCUUAUCAAGUGCUCCUCCAAGAGCGAGAGGAGCAGCACCGCCUCCACAUCUCCUCCUUGAAGAAGCAGAUAGCUCAGCUCAAGGAGGCUUUGCAGGAGCGUAGCCAGCAGCUGAAAGGAGUGCAGGAGAGCCUGAAGAGAGCUGCUGGGGGCCCAGCAGAGGGACAGGAAGCUGGGGCUGGAUCACAGGGAGGGGUUCUUGGUGAGGCUCAGGGACCCAAAAGCCAGCAAGCAGACCUCCAAGAGUUCCUGCGGAGCCAGCUGUCCAAGGCCGAGGUGACCGCCGGCACCAGGCUGCCCAGCGAGUAUGCAGUGGUGCCCUUUGAGAGUUUCACCCUGCAGAGGGUGUACCAGCUGGAGAUGGGGCUGACGCGUCACCCUGAGGAGAAGCCUGUGAGGAAGGACAAGAGGGAGGAGCUGGGGGAGGUGCUGGAGACGGCCCUGCACAGCCUCAACACACCAUCAUCACAGCAAGACAGCAGGAGUGCAGCAGAAAAGACUCAAACAAACAAAGUGUACGCACCGUCUGACUUCAUAGAAGGUAUCACCCGUACAGAGAGGGACAAAGGGACUCUGUACGAGCUGACCUUCAGAGGGGAGUCUAGCAACGAAUUCAGGCGCCUGGUCCUCUUCCGUCCCUAUGGACCGCUGAUGAAGGUGAAGAACGAGAGGGUGGACACAGUCAACGUCCCAAUCAACAUCAUCGUCCCUCUGUCAAGACGCACAGAAAAGUUCAAACAGUUCAUGCAUAACUUCAGGGAAGCCUGUGUGCGUCAGGAUGGCCGGGUCCAUCUGACAGUGGUGUAUUUUGGGAAAGAGCAGAUGAGCGAAGUUCGCGGCACUCUGGAGAAUACGUCCAGGGAAGUUAACUUUAAGAACUAUACUCUGCUGCAGCUGGACGAGGAGUUUUCUCGGGGACGGGGUCUUGACGUCGGGGCCCGAGCCUGGAAGGGAGGCAACGUACUGCUUUUCUUUUGCGACGUGGACAUCUACUUCACAGCUGACUUCCUGAACACCUGCCGACUCAACACACAGCCUGGUAAAAAGGUGUUCUACCCAGUGUUAUUCAGCCAGUACAACCCCACUCUGAUCUAUGGAAGUCCUGAACACGUCCCACCUGUGGAGCAACAGCUGGUGAUGAAGAAAGACACGGGGUUCUGGAGGGACUUUGGUUUCGGCAUGACUUGCCAGUACAGGUCCGACUUCAUCAACAUAGGAGGAUUUGACAUUGACAUCAAAGGCUGGGGGGGCGAAGAUGUCCACCUGUACAGAAAGUACCUCCAUAGCAACAUCCUAGUUAUCCGUGCACCAUCACGAGGCUUGUUCCACCUGUGGCAUGAAAAACACUGUGCUGAUGAGCUCCCGCCAGACCAGUACCGCAUGUGCAUGCAGUCCAAGGCCAUGAAUGAGGCCUCGCAUGGCCAGCUGGGGAUGCUGUUCUUCAGACACGAGAUCGAAGCUCACCUGCGCAAACAGAAACAGCAGCAGAACUCAAACCCCAAGAAGACAUGAAGGCUUAAAGCUAAAUUAUAAACACUGCAAUGACUGCAGUCAGUUGGAACGCUGCAGAUGAAUUCAUCUGAUCUGAACUCUGAUUUUAAAGGACUAGUUCAACACUUUGGAAAAUACACUCAUUUGCUUUCUUGCUGAGAGUUAGAUGAGAAGACCGAUACGCUAAAUUUGGAGCUAGAGCCAGCAAGUGAUUAGCUUAGCUUAGCAUAAAGACUUGAAAAGGGAGCAACAGCUAGUCUGGCUGUGUCAAAAACUACCUGCACCUAUAAAGCUCACCAAUUAACACGUUAUAUGUCUUAUUUGUACAUAAAGCGAAGUGUAAAAAUUACUUAAGUAAUAUUAUUUAAGUAGUUGUAUUCUUGACUUUCUUGGCAAAAUAGUCAAGAAAUAAAAAGAAAAAUAUUUCUCUCCUCUAAGUCUCGGCAAGAAAGUGAAUAACCCUAAAAUGCUGAACUAUUCCUAUAAUGAAAAAUGUGAAGACUUUUUACUUUUUGAGGACUCAAAGCACUUUGUUGCUCUAGAAAGGACAACUUAAGAUUAAUGAAAACUUAUUGAGGAAUUCAUCUCCUCAACUGGAGUGGACUGUUUUUUGUUGGACACAAAUCAACAGACCUCCUGUUUGAAUCAUCCAUCUGUAAUUAAAUGUCAAUUUGUAACUUCCUCUGUAACUGCAACAAGGCCUUUCAGAAAGCAAACAUAGAACCAUAAGUUUGAUCUAUGAAGUUACUCUGAACCGUGUGCCUUCUGUGAAUAAAACCUUCAGGACAGCCAGCGACAAUGCACAGGUUUUUAUAUGUAGGUCAGCAGGUCCACCUAGUGGACUGAAAGUUAACAUGUUUGUGAAUAAACAAUGAAGGACCAUUUAAAGCCUGAAAAUGAUAAAUUAUUGAUCAGUGAUAUUCAUUUGCUUUAUCUAUGUUUGUUCUUAUUAUGUUGUAAAGGAUUAUGAUUUCUUAUUGCCUGGACAGUAUUAAGUGUGGUCCAUUCACCUCUAUAAUGAAGUAAGAAUGGUGCUGAGUCAAAGAAAAACAUGCUAUGAAUGACAGGUGACAUUUUUUUUCAAAAGCCUUGCAUCAUAUGUAUUUAUGCCCAAAAUAUAACUAAAGAUAGGUAAUUUUUUUAAAUGUUUAAUUGAUAAAACAUCUAGACUUAUUUGUUUGUUUUUUGAAACAUAGGCUAACUAAUUUGUUGUCACAUAAGGGAUAAAGUAAAAGAAUUUAUGACUGACAGUAAUACCAUUCACUGUCCUGACAAUGACGAUGACUUAACGCAAGUCAGAAUAAGACUGUUAAUCUUGGUUUCUGUCAAACUAAUGUGACUAUGUGUGGACCUUUAUAAAUGUCAUAAAUGCGCACAUCAGGUGCAAUAAUGAAGAGAAAAUGUGACAUUACAUAUAUUACUGUGCAGUCACAGAAACUGGAGAUGUUAUAGGUUUAGAGAUAUAACUUCCUCAAUGGUUAUUUUAUAUUUAGUUUAAUAUGGUUACCCAUAAAUCUUGCUCCAGCACUUCUUCAGUCCUUUGAGGCAAUCAAAACGAGCUGUACUUUUGGUGGAUGACCAAAGAUGUGAAAAGAGGCACUUUUUCAAUAAUGUUUUUAUUGUUUGCCAUUGAAACAUUCCUUGUAAUAGUGACUUUAUGUACAUUUCAAGUUAUUUUUCACUUCAUGUAAACGAGUUGAAUAAAAAUGUGUGCAUUGUGUAUAUUUUA